CCUCACAGGUUGAGUGAUGUAGGAGAUUGCCGGACACAUAGACGUGUUGAGUGAUUAUAGCUGUAUACUGAAACCCCAAGGGUUGAGUGAGGUUUGAGAUUGCCAGACACAUAGACGGGUUGCGUGGGGAUAGCUGCUGGAACCCCACGGGUUGAGUGAUGUUGGAGUGCCGGACACAUAGACACGCUUUGAGUGAGGAAAGACACAUACUGGAACCUCACAGGUGAUUUGUAUUGGAGAUUGCCGGACACCCAGACGCGUUGAGUGAAGAUACCUGCAUCCUGACACCUCAAAGAUGGAUUGGUUUUUGCCAGACACAUAGACGCGCUGAGUGGGGAUAGCUACAUACUGA